AAUUAAACAGGUUUCAUGAACAGCUUGACUUCACCGGUUUAACACUUUAGACAUUUAGUUUUUCUCCGUUUUAAAAACUCACCGUGUAAGUGGAGUAAUGCCUUUCAUGAAGAAACCUCGUAAAACUGAGCCUCUUGUAAAAGCAGCGGAUAAAAAGGCUCAGAAGGAGGGUUUCCGCCACACCAUCUACAGCACGAACGGGGAUCAGUACACCGGAGAGUGGCUCGAGAACAUGAGACACGGGGAUGGAAAACAAGUGUGGAAGAGAGCCGGAGCUGUGUAUGAAGGCGAUUGGAAACAGAAUAUGCGUGAUGGCUACGGGACGCUCAGCAAACUGCAGCCCUCAACUAAAGAAUAUGUAAAAGUUUAUUCAGGAACAUGGAAAAAUGGUAAGAAAGAGGGGUUUGGGACACGUUUCUACAGCUCGUCAUCGCGAUAUGAGGGAGAGUGGGUGGCGAACGAGAGGAGCGGAUGGGGGAGGAUGAAUUACGAGAAUGGAGAUGUGUAUGAGGGAGAGUGGCUGAAGGAUAAACCCCAUGGCCAGGGUGUGCUGUGGCUCGUGAAUGAGAACAGGUAUGAGGGCAGCUGGAAGGAAGGAAAGAAACAUGGACACGGACGAUUCUUCUACACCGACCAGGGACAGCUUUACGAGGGCUUCUGGGUGGACGAUGUGCCGAGGUGCGGGACGGUGUGUGAUUACAACACGAAGCAUGCACGCACACCCCCGCUGUACACCAUCCCCCUGGUAGAGCUGCAGGAUGUCCAGUCAGUACUGAUGGAGGGAUACAAACGAUUCUGUGCCAGCAAAGAGGAUUAAAAAAAUCAUCUGGUGAAUCCUGACAUGCUGUCUGUCUGUCUGUGUAAAUUCCACCCAAUCAGGUCUAAGGAAAACUAGCACAUGCUUUUUUAUAUAUAGUAGUACUUUCAUGCAUUUGUUAAAGAAUUAUUUCACUAAUUUUUAAUACAUGGUAACAAUUUUAAUAUAACAUGAUUUUGGUUAAUGCAAGCACAGGAAAUCACAGAUAUGAUGCGUUCAUAGCUCCAUGAAUAUAAAAUAAGUAUACAUUGAGUUAUCAGACAUAACAUGCCAGGCACAAUCCAUGGGUGCUCGAUCAGAUUGAGAACAAUGAGAAUGUGCAAACCUUAUGCAUACAGGAAUCAAACUUUGCUUAGAAAUGUGUGAUUUGAUGUUCAUUAUGCAGUUUAAUCAAGCUGUGUGCACUAAUGGUUAGCACUGUUGCCUAUACAGGAUAAAGCGGUAUAUAUGAUGAGUGAGCGACUUUAAUCAAGCUUUAUUUGGUUGCUUUAAUUAAUUGAAUCAGUUUUCGAUUUAGAAUUGAUUUUUUUAAAUUGUAUUAAGAGUUGACGAGAUAACGAAUUGUCUAAAAUUGACAAAUUCCUUAAAAUAUAUUACAUCUUUUAAAGCAAAAUGAAAACUCUGGCAUGUUCCACAAAUACUCGUGU